GGGGCGAGUUCCUAUAGUAGUCGCUACUCGCCACGGGAUCGAUAUACCAGGAGAAUGUUCAAGAAAGCGCUUACUCAAUCCGGAAGGAGGAUCUUGAAGGCAAUAAAAAAAUUAUCAACAAAAAGCCGAGUGGUUACUAAGUCCCAGCAAAAGCAACCAACGCUAAUAAGUCAAAAAUUGAAAAAAAAAAAAACCAAUAACAACAACAACAGCAAUUACACUUACACUAAUAUCACCAAUAACAAUUACUACAAUUACAACAAUCAGGUGGGGUGCGAGCUGGUGACAGCAGGAGUACCGGGGUGGACGGUGACAUACAUCGAGCCCGAGGUCACCUCAUCAUUGUCCUGGUCCCUCUCCUCUUUGGACACUCGUAGCAUUGACACGUAUGUAACCUACAUUAUGGAGGGCCUGGACGAGUGUAACUCCAUGUGCUGUUACUGCAUCGAGCACGAGAAUCAAAAAAACGAAAACCGGGAAAACGAGAUGAUUAUUUAA